UUACCAUACUACUUCCAAUAUCAUAGUCACUGUCUGAACUGUAUACCACAAAGAUGGCCCGGGGCUACUUCAUGCCCGAUUAGGAAACAGCAAGUCCAGCCAGACCACAACUGUCCUCCCACAACAAUCAAUUCACCUGCUGUCUUCCAGCAACUGUUUCCAGCUUUUCCCCCGAACUCUCUUCUCAGUCAGGUUUGGAUUCUUGUCUUUUUGUUCCCCCCCAUGAUCAUGAACCCAGACAUGCUGAAUGAAGUCAGACCCCAAGGCUACAAUCGGCGCCGCCAAAGAUCUCGCAGAAAGAAGUCUGCAGUGACCAUUGAAAGUAUCCAUCCUGGUCGGGCUCCUCUGGGUGUUUGUCGUCCGUCUAGGUCGAUUUCGCCUCCCACACUCAGCAGAGACAGAGCCACUUCAAGUGAAUGGUUCUCCAAGACAUCCGAGAGCAGCAGCACCCUAGAACAGUCAUCUAAUCCGGUGUACCUACACUGUUCGGACUCUCUUCUCUCGGAAUCAACACAGCAAGCAGAAUACAACAGAAACAAACCAUUCUUAUCCAUCAACUCCCUUGGCGAGAUUUUUGGAGAAGGGAAGUGGGUUGACUAUCGAGCUAAAGACAUGGCUAUUCGCGGAACUUCGUCAAGCGAUGCAGACCCAAAUGCUCCACCGAGCGCCGUUUCUUUUGACAUGAGUCGGGGCUACUAUGAGCUGGCAGGCUUCGAUGAACUUGCCUCGUCUCAGCCGGUCGCCCUGAGCGACUUAUGUAUCAGAGCUCGUCCGCGUUACAAAGGGAACAGAAACCGCAAACCUCCCUUACAUGAGCACGAGGGCACUUUAGAUGAAAAUAAUAGUGCCGUGGGUUCUUUUACAGAUAGCCUAUCGAAACCUCGCUCGCGCCUCUCUGCCUUGCAUCAGCUGAAAAAUGGCGUCUGCAAUUUGAGCGGAAAUCAACACGAGCAACGGGCUACUGCUCCACUGGUGUAUCACGGGUUUGCUGUCCAGGAGGCUCGAAAGGACGAGAUUGGUGAGCAGGAAUCCCACGAAAGUGUGAGCACUUGCUAUCAGAGAAACCCACUGAGCUACUCCAACAUCUAUGAUGGUACUCACUCAUACACCCUGAGACACCGCUAUGAUUCCAUGUCUACGAGCACCCUUGUGACAAAUAAACACUAUCGUACCUCACAAAUGGACCAGCCAGCAGAUACACCUCGAACCACUAAUGAAAGCGCCUCCUUCGGUUCUGCCCAAGUGGAUUCCCGCCACCAUAACAUGCUCUCUGAAAAGAAAUACCCGCAGGACUCUCCCCUCAACCUUUAUCGUGCCAGCUUCGACCAUCCUAGUGAUCGAUCUCCCUAUGAAUCCUUGCGAAUACAGCGUGUCCAAGCUUACUUGAGAAGUGUCUCGUCAACUUUGCAGCAGACCGUUCCUGAAAACCAAUACGUUGAUUACCGCCACGUGAAGCAGACAUCCGUACAGGAAGCCGCUGCCAGCCAAAACCCGACCGAGGAGGACAUGGUCAAAGUUGAGGCAAAGCCGGCCUCAAUCAAGCUCUCGUUGCCCUACCCGAGCCUUCCGUAUAUCGAACAGCCUAAUCGGGAGGAAACAUUGUUCGAGCAGUCCACCAACCCCACCACCCCCAACCCAUUGAAAGAUCAAGAACGCUGUGGCUCGGAACUAACCCCCGCUGCCCUCCUCCGUAUGGUUCAGGGACCAAGUUCCGGGAACCAACAAACAUACAUUCCCGAUCCAUUCAUUACAUACGGUGAUGCAAAUCGCGCAUCAUAUCGGGAAGGGAAUGACGAAAGUAUGGAAUUGGCAGCCUUGGUUUGUGGUUUCACCGAGCUCAAAGCAAGACCGACUCCCGCCCACCAAACAAAUAGGGGAAAUACAGUUCUAAAGAACUCAUAUGAGCGUGUCAUGUUGAAAGAACUGCGUGAAGGAAGUAGUGCUAUCGAGAAGGCUGAUGGCCCUGGGGAGGAAGAAACAUUCGAAAAUGGUGUUUUGCCGGGUUCCAGAUGCCAACCGACCCCUGGCGCCUCACGGCCUGGUCCUGUGGACCUGGGAAUCGGUACUUGGCAUCUCACGAAAUACACGACGAUGGUUGAAUCAAAACGUGGCAAUGCCGACACGUGGUUCCAUAUUGAUGGACGGGGAGAAGAAGGCCUCCGGCAGCAGAUCGAAAACAUCUCCGACAGAUACGCCCAAGUCAAACAGAACCUAGAUGGUUCGGAUCCGACUCAUGCAGGGCAAAUGACUAGUCUACUGGGGAACGCCAUCACCAACCUCUAUUCUUACGUUGCCGGGGAUCGCAGGGAGCAAGCCGCCAAUUUUGCCGACUUUGGAAACGUACGCGACUGCUAUUGCGAGCCCAGCCUUGGGGGGCGCCGGAGCUAUUUCGAGCGUGGCCCGUCAUCCACGGACCUUUGGGGAGCCCCUGGAGGUGGAGUCACCAUAGGACCGGAUACCACAGGAACUGACACUCGAACUUUUUCGGACAUGGUCUACAGGACUCGCGGGGCUUGCGCUGAUCAUUGCAAAGAAACAGACAAACAGGAAGAAGAAAAUGAAAAAGGACAGUCGAGGGAAGGCAAGAGUGAAAAAGAGAGCGACACAGAUGGUGGAACAACCGUAACCUGGUAAGGAUGGAUGAUCCCUUGGCUUUGAUGUUUUAGGGGCAGUGCUUGGUGGGAGAUAGGGGAUGAAGAUAAUGAGUUGAUCAUGCGUUGGGGUAUGGCUCUCGGGUUUACGCGGUAGUCUUUAGGGGGAUUACAUGUGAUGAUGAAUUAAUGCACUUGCUCUUAUCCCA